UUUAUACAGAACAAAAAUUAAACAAAGUGUAAUAUUUACAAACCAAAUAAAACAAAUCGUUGUGUAUGAUGUAACCACACAAAUAAGGAAAUUAAAUAAAUGAAUUAAUAAAACUACUAGCAGGGAAUCUUCUCGCUCGUUUUGUAUGGUUUUGAUUGCGUCUACGUAAAAUUCCAUGAGCCAAUCAGAAGCCGCGACAUACUCAUGACGCAGCGAUACAGUCUAAACACGGAAGCGUGGGACGUGGGUGAGAUGGCAGAGAUGGAGGACUGUGAAGGGGUGAUUGCCACAGAGCGCUAUGGCUCACAGGAGUCAUGGAAAUACCUGCUGAAGGAUGGGAGGAUGAAGAGACAGAAGGAUGCAGCGCACGGCAGACUGGCGGGAAAUUCAGUCUCUGGCGUGUUUAAAAGUGUUUUCCUGCCACAGGGGUAUCCUGAGAGUGUCAGUGAGGAUUACGUACAGUAUCAGCUCUGGGACACUGUGCAGGAAUUUUCCAGCUCUCUGUCUGGCACACUCGCCACACAGGCUUCACUGAGGGGUGUUGGGGUUGGAAAUCAAGAAGCAACAGUUGCAGCAGCUACAAUAACGUGGUUGCUUAGGGAUGGAACUGGGAUGCUGGGAAGAAUACUUUUUGCUUGGCUCAAAGGGAGCAAGUUAGAUUCUGAAGCCAAAAAAUGGAGGCUCUUCGCUGACAUUCUUAAUGACGUGGCAAUGUUCAUGGAGAUUGCAGCCCCUCAUUUCCCUCCUUUUUUCACUCUAAUCGUCUGCAUUGCUGGGAUAUUUAAGUCCAUUGUAGGAGUCGCUGGUGGAGCAACAAGAGCUGCCUUAACUGUCCAUCAAGCUCGCAGAAACAACAUGGCUGAUAUCUCCGCCAAAGAUGGGAGCCAGGAAACCCUGGUGAACCUGGCAGGACUGCUGGUCAGCCUGGCACUCAUCCCGCUUGUAACAGAUAACCCAUUGUUGACGUUCAUCCUGUUCUUCCUGUUCACUGUUCUCCACCUGUUUGCCAAUUACAAAGCUGUUCGUUCUGUUGUUAUGGAAACCCUUAAUGAGGCUCGCUUGUCCAUAGUCCUCCAUCAGUACCUGCUUCAUGGUCAACUGCUUAGUCCAGUGGAGGCCAAUCAGAAGGAGCCUGUGUUCUUGUCGCUUGGAAGGACAGUUCCCAUAAAGUUGGGUGUGAGGCUUGGAGACAUUGUUCAAGAGCCAGGAGAACUGCAGCUGGCGUUGAAGAACAACAGCAAACCGUAUCUCAUUGGAAUCAAAAAUGGUACUGUGUGUGUGUGUCUGGGAAGCGAUGCUUCUGUGCGUGAUGAAAUCAUGGCAGCAUGUCAGGCCCUGUGUCUUCGUGCUGUGCUGCACGAUGAUUCCUCUCCGAGCGGUGCGCUCAAGCAGCUCUCAAACACUAAGGACCCAUGGGAGUUAGUAUCACAGAGUCAUAAGAUGAUUAAUCAAAAUUUCCAGACAUUCCUAAAAGAACUGGAUCAAGCAAAGUGGCAAACAGACUGGACACUAUUGGACUGGAACGAGUGGCGUGUGGAAUGGAGCAAAAAGAGAAGCUGAAGCAGAUUUUGAAAGAAAUAGAGGAUGGAUGUUUUGGUUUUGAACUGAUAAUCACUUUGAAACAUCUGUCAGUUUUAAAUGAUUUGAAGAGCUGAACAUGUGCAGAUUUAUGCAAGUGUUUUAAAUAUACCAUACAAAUAAAAACAAAGAGGAGCGAAAUUAGCGAAUCAUGUAUUCCAAGUUGUAUUCCUAUAGUCAACGGUGGGGCCUGACUCUAGAGGGUUAUGCUACUGUUUAAAAUUUUGGGGUCAGUAGGGUUUGUUUUUUUUAAGAACUAUUCAGCAAGGUUUUAUGAAAUUCAUCAAACGUGACAGUAAAUAUAUUCAUAAUGUUUCAAAAGAUUUCUAUUGUAAAUAAAUGCUGCUC